UGGAGAAUCAUUCGUUCCUCGACCAUCAUGAAAGUGCUCGUUGUCUUCGCUUUGGCUUUGGCCACCGCCUCCGCCGGUCUGCUGCCCCAGCAGAUGCCAAUUCACCCCCGUGACUUGCCCGCUCGUCCCUCGAUUGAGGGUCGCAUCACCAACGGCAAGACCGCCUCCGAGGGUGAGUUCCCCUACCAGUUGGGACUCAGCUUUGCUAGCACCAGCGGUAGCUGGUGGUGCGGUGGCUCCCUCAUCAGCAGCGAGUGGGUGCUGACCGCUGCCCACUGCACAGACGGUGCCUCCUCUGUGACCAUCACCUAUGGCGCCACCGUCCGCACCGUCGCCAAGCUGACCCAGACCGUCUCCAGCUCCAACUUCAAGCAGCACGCCAGCUACAACUCGGCUGUGUUGAGGCACGACAUCUCUCUGAUCAAGACCCCAGCUGUUGCCUUCACCAGCUACAUCCAGGCUGUUAAGCUGCCCGAAGUGGCCAGCAGUUACUCCACUUAUGCCGGAGAGAAGGCCAUCGCCUCCGGAUGGGGCAAGGUCUCCGAUUCCGCCUCUUCCGUUGCCAGCACCCUGCAGUACGAGACCUUUGAGAUUGUGUCCGUUGCCACCUGCCAGGCCACCUAUGGCUCUCUGAUCGCCACCUCCAGGGUUAUCUGCAUUGCCACCCCCAACAAGACCUCCACCUGCAACGGUGACUCUGGCGGCCCAUUGGUCCUGGUGAGCUCUAAGGUCCUCGUCGGUGUCACCUCCUUCGUAUCCAGUGCUGGUUGCGAGUCCGGUGCCCCUGCUGGCUUCACCCGUGUGACCAGCUACCUGGAUUGGAUCAAGGAAAACUCUGGUGUUAACUAAGAAGCACUCAGGAACAUGCAAAGCAGUGUCUCACAAGUUGUUAUUAUAAGUGAAAAAAGUUUUCAGAUCAUGAAAGUGCUUGGAGUUCUGUUGAUCACGGCGUUUGCCUUAGUGGCGGCGCUGGAAAAGCCCAUUCCCGUUAAGGACAUGCCUGUGGGAAAGAAUGUGAACGGACGUAUCACCCAAGGGUAUCCGGCAUACGAAGGAAAGGUUCCCUACAUUGUAGCCCUUCGCUUUGAGAGUGACAAUGGUGGCUGGAACUGCGGUGGUUCGAUCAUUGGACACGAGUGGGUACUCACUGCUGGACACUGCACCAACGGAGCCAGUUACGUGAACAUCCACUACGGUGCCGUGUGGCGCAACAACCCGCAGUUCAAACACGUUUCAUCGGACAUCAUCACUCAUCCCGAUUACGAUAACGGUAAUCUCAACAACGACAUUGGCCUGAUCCGUACACCCCACGUGGACUUCUGGUCGCUGGUCAACAAGGUCGAACUACCCACCUACGCUGAUCGGUACAACAACUUCUACGGCUGGUGGGGUCUCCUUUCCGGGUGGGGUGCAACCUCUGAUACCAGCGGAAUGAGCGAUUACCUCAACUGCGUUGAUAUCCAGAUUUCGGACAAUGACGUUUGCCUAAACUACUACGGUAGCCACUUCAUCACCCCCAACCAUCUGUGCUAUGCUACCCCGGAGAACAAGGGUUCCUGCGGUGGAGACUCCGGCGGUCCUCUCGUCCUUCACGACGGCAACCGCCUAGUGGGCAUUGUUUCCUUCGGAUCCGUCGAGGGCUGUCUCUCUAACAGUCCCAAGGGAAUGACUCGAGUAUCCAGCUACUUGGACUGGAUCCGUGACAUAACGGGUAUCUCUUAUUAAUAAAAUACCUCCUUAUAAAAUUAAAGGACAUUAAAUACUGCAUAAA